AUGGCGGAAGGAACGGAAAUGGUGAACAAUUCGUUCGAAAAUGUGACAGUAGAUAUAGCGCCAUAUGUUCUUGACCUGACAAAUUCGUUCCCGAUACGCUACGCGGUUCCGCUUUUAGGAUACUUUUCACCUGUACUAAUCUUCAUCACCUUGGUGACAAAUACUCUCGUAGUCAUUGUUUUACUGAAGAAAAAUAUGCGCUCUCCAACAAAUACAAUACUAGCAGGGAUGGCUUUAUCGGAUAUGUUUACAGGGUUAUUUCCCUUGCCUGUUUUCCUGUACUUUUUUGGCAUGGACCAUUACAAGGAAUACAUCCCCUAUAACUGGUGCUACACAUACAGAUUUAUGUCGGAACUGAUCCCUACAAUAUUCCAUACCGCUUCGAUCUGGCUCACUAUGGCGUUAGCAAUUCAAAGGUAUAUCUACAUUUGUCAUAGUUUCCAGGCCCGGAAAUGGUGCACAAUCACCAACGUUCUUUAUGGCACAUUAGCAAUCUACAUCAUAGCUAUUCUUAGUCAGAUAUCACGGUUCUUCGAUUCUUUCUAUAUACCGGUAGAAAUCAUGUCACGAAUGCAUGAGAACGAGACGAUGACCGCGUGUGUUCAAGAAUUAAGGCCAUGGGUGCAGGCUCACAUUGAUUUGUAUUAUAACGUAUACUAUUGGUUCAGAGUGAUUUGUAUACAUCUUAUUCCGUGUGCUUUCCUGGUGGUUCUCAAUGCUCUGCUUAUCUCAGCCAUGCGAACUGCACAGUUGCGUCGAAUGCAGUUGCUAAAACAAAAUAAAAAGAGUGAGAGCAAGAAAUUAAAAGACAGUAACUGUACCACGCUAAUGUUGGUGGCUGUGGUGGGACUAUUCCUGCUGGUUGAACUUCCGCUAGGAAUAAUCAUGAUAGUUUACUUGAUAGACAAUACAUUUGAACUCAACAUAUUUUCCAUGGCUGACACAUAUGGGAUCAUGAACUUGAUAUCUAAUUUCUUCAUCUUGUUGAGUUACCCAUUGAACUUUUUCAUUUACUGCGGAAUGUCUAGACAGUUUCGUGAAACCUUCAAAAGGAUGUUCACGGGAGCUCCCAUGCCCAUUGACCGAGACUGUUCACAAUAUAUGACACUGCCAACAGAAAACGGCAAGACAGCGCUGACCGCGGAUGAAACCGCACUAUAG